AUGUUUAGCGCUACUGGUCUUCGUUGGAAACGACAACGGUUUGUUAUUAAUCCGACAUUUUCAUCAGCUAAACUUAAACAAAUGACACCACUCAUUCAUCGAAGUGUUCUUACGUUCAUGGAAAAAAUAUCUGAAGAAUCUAAUAAAGGUCAACCAUUUGAUAUCUAUGCAUAUUAUAAACGAUUUACCAUGGAUACUAUAUGGUCAUGUGCUUUUGGUAUUGAUACAGAUAUGCAAAAUAAUAUUAAUAAUCCAUAUUUAAUUUAUUCACAAACUGUAUUCGAUGAAGAAAAUGCUGUCAAAGUGUUUGUACUUUUAUCUGUGUUUAUCAAAGAAUUAAGUAAUGUCUGGAUUAAAUUUCAUCAUAUGAACAAUAAUAUACGAUACCGGUUUUCAUGUAUGUGUCCAUUAGCAAAGAAAUUUAUUCAAGAAGAACCAUACAGAUGGAUUAUAAGGCAAACAUAUAAGAUGAUGGAAAAAUGUGAACAAGUUGGUCCAAUGAAUCGAAUUGAUUUAAUGCAAUUAAUGCUUGAAUCAGCAUCGAACGAGGAUUUUAUUCAAGAUGGUCAAACAUCUGCAGUGAAAAAAGAGGAGAAAGAUAACGAGCCACCACUAAUUCGAAAACUUACUAGACAUGAAAUUGCAUCUAACAUUUAUCUAUUCAUGCUUGCCGGUUAUGAAACAAUAAGUACAGCACUUAGUUAUAUUUCUUAUGUUCUUGCAACUCAUCCAAAGGAGCAACAAAAAUUACAAGAACAUAUUGAUAUUCAUUUCGAUCCUAAAACAGAAGAUGAUAUGCCAUCUUAUGAUACAGUAUCACAAAUGGAAUAUUUAGAUAUGUUUAUUCGAGAAACACUUCGCAUGUAUCCCAUUGUACCAGUAGUAGUCAAUCGGCAAAGUUCAGAAGAUUUUCAUAUCGAAGGUAUUGGUACGAUUCCAGCUGCAUGGAUUCCAUUUGGAGCUGGACCAAGAAAUUGUGUUGGAAUGCGUUUUGCUUUUGUUCAAAUCAAAAUGGUACUUGUUCGUCUUCUUAAAACAUAUUCAAUAGUCGGUUGUGGUGAUCAAACAUGUAAACCAUUCGAAAAUCUCAAAGAAUAUAUCGUAAUUGCACCAAAACAAGUUAUUGUUCGUUUACAACGUCGAAAUGAACAUUAUAAUUAA